GAUAGAAUAGAGCUUAUGGCAAAGACGCAGGCGCGUUGCCUUGCCGGUAAAGAAAUUCAGACAUUUGAAAAAGCCGGCGCCCGGCUGUCAUCUGUGUGGUCGUCUCUCAAUGCUAAAGUUUUGAUUAUUAUGUGGCCAUAAUAUAUCGCGACACUUUACCGUGUUUUGAAAAUAUAUUACGGACUUAGUAAACGGAUUUUAAAACUCGAUAAUGUCAUAUAGAUUGUAAAGUGAAGUGAGAAAAAGCUAUUCUGAGCUUCGAAUCAAGUUUCUGUGCGGUUUUACAGAGAACUCAAAGAGGAGUAUUGAAAAAUGGCUUCUUGGGGAAUCCUCACGUUGAUAUGUGUCGCGUUCAUCUUCGUCGAAGGCAGGCGGUUCCAUCAGAAGCGUGAAACUAAAACUCACAUCUGCGACCAGAUCAGCACAAAUAAAAUUCAGUGCUUUUGCAUCAAAGAUUCACAUCAUCAUGAUGGAAUACGGAGUGCCGAUUGCUAUUUGACUGUUGAUGGAGUGACGAAUGAGGAUCCAAUAUGGAAUGAAUUCGAAGAUUUGGAAAACGCCACCAAAAUAUCUUUGAGCAAUACAAGGGGUAUUGUUAUAAAAUAUAUCCCUAAAACGGCGCUCCAACAUACAAAAGCAUUAUCUAAAAUUGAAGUGAAAUAUGGAAAUAUAGAAGUCAUCGAACCGUAUGCCUUCUCAAAUUUGAGUUCCAUAAAAGGUAUCACACUGACUGAUAACCAGAUCAAGGUAUUAAAACCGAACGCAUUCGCUCAUCUUAAAUACUGUGCCACCAUCGGUUUGGAUACGAAUCUGAUUGUGGAAAUAAACCGAGAUGUGUUUAUCGAUUUGCCAUGGCUCGAAAAGAUUUAUCUCACAAGCAAUAAGAUAACAACUAUUCACGACAAAGCGUUUGUACAUUUGUCAAACUUGAGAGAACUUGAAAUCAAUCGUAAUAAUUUGUUCAGUUUGAACAGCGAAACGUUUUCAGGAUUGGAAAAGUUGGAAAAACUCGACAUGAGUGGCAAUAGCUUAGAAGUGAUUGGUGAUAAUACAUUUGCGCCACUGAAAAAUUUACGUAUGCUGAAUUUAGAAGGGAAUAAAAUACAAAUGCUAGACGAAAAAGCUUUCAGUGGACUCCGUAAAUUACAGUUUUUAACCUUAGCUCAAAAUGUUCUCACAGAUAUAGAUAAUCCAAAAACAUUUGAAGCAUUACAAUCUUUAAUUCAAUUAAAUUUGAAAGGAAAUAAGUUGCAAGCACUUAAGUCUGAAGUCAUGGACCCAAUAUUGAAUAAUUUUUUCAGUAAUAUCAGCAGUUUGAAUGUUGAAGAUAACAAGUUUACAUGCGACUGCCGUCUUGAUUGGUUUGUUGCACUGAUGAAUAAAACGCAGAGUGCAAAUCUCAAAUUAUCCAUAGAAAACCUAAAGUGUAUACCUAGUGCAGAUCUUAAAGAUAAAUGGAUGAAAGCUAUGGAGACCGAGAAAACUCCCGCUCAAGAUGCAGAUUAUGUAGAAGCUAACGGUGCCGGUGGUGAUUACGAAUACUAUGACGAAACACAGCUGAAUGGACAGCUUUUCUAUACAGAUCUAAGACUACUUCUCAAUUGUUUAAAAAACUUGAAUAAUAAGCCAAUAUUCACAACGAAGGCAACAUUAACUAGCCUUAAGCCAAGUACUAAAGAAUUUGCAGAAAUCGUGAAUUUCAGUACAACAAGAGCAUCAAUGACGAAUAUUCCAAUGGAAUUAUCAGCUGGAACAACUCCUAAAGUCAUUAACAAGGGUGUUUUGGACUUAUCUAUUGAAUCGUCAACUAUUGGAAUGGAAACAAUACAAAGGAAUGACAAUGACAUUUUAAUGCAUAAAGAGAAAAAGCAAAAUUUGUAUACAACAAGUCGUUUAGCAACAGUUUCAGCAAAACCACUGGAAAGUAAAGUUUAUUAUGACCAACAAAUGUCGUCAGAUGAGGCUCAACCUGAAAAAAUAAAAGCACAGAGAAGCGUAAAUGGAAUUGAAAAUACACGAGACUAUGCUGAGAACAACGCUCGCAGGAACGUCGGCUACGUCUUUAUGAUUACACUGUUAUGCUUUAAACAUAUGUUUUAAUCUAUGCUAUUUAUUAUAAUUAAGUUAUUUAAAAAUAAUACUCUAACAUUAUCUC